AUGCGUGUCUAUACUGUAGUAGCUGUCAGCUAUAAACAGCCCCGCAUUCCUGCUCUACCUACCCCUGCACCAACUCCUGCAUCAACCUCCUCCCACUACCCCUGCCCCUUCCCCUACCCCCUCCUCCACCCCGUCCGUUACCCCUACUCUUGCACCUACCUCCUGCCACUACCCCUGUUCCUACCCAUCAACUACCCCUGCCCUUACCCCUACCCCCUCCUCUACCCUGACCCUUCCCCUACCCCCUCCUCUACCCCGUCCGUUACCCCUACUCCUGCACCUACCUCCUGCCACUACCCCUGUUCCUACCCCCUCAACUACCCCUGCCCUUACCCCUACCCCCUCCUCUACCCCUGCCCCUCCCCCUACCCCCUCCGUUACCCCUACUCCUGCACCUACCUCCUGCCACUACCCCUGCUCCUACCCCUUCAACUACCCCUGCCCUUAUCCCUACCCCUCCACUACCCCUCCACAACACCUGUACCUUCCCCCUGCCACUACCCCUGCCCCAUCUCCUAG